CCACGCGUUGCGGGCGAAAUUGAAACGAGCAAUCCUAGCGCGCCAUGGUCAUCUUCGCGCCGAGCUUUGCGGCGCAGCUGCACGCGAGGGAGGCCGUGCUGCUGGGUCCGGUGGCCGCCGUUGCCGCGGUGGCCGUCAUCGGCGGACGCCCGCUUCUGAGGAAGACCUUGCCCUUCGGCACCGCGGUCUCCUUGUGCCUGGUGCUGGGCGCCUGGGGCGAAGAGCUGGGCUUCGCUUGGUUCCAAGCGAGCAGCGCAGUGGUGGUGGUGGCACUGCUCAUGGAGCCGAACAUUACCCUGGAGCGUUUGAUCCUGAAGAGCUCUUGGAGGCUCUGCGGCACCUUUUUGGGCAGCGCUCUGGCGGUUUUGAUGGCCUGGGCCCUGGAGAUCACCGGCAAGGAGCCUUUGGAGGUCACCUGCCUCUGCUUUAGCGCCUUUCUGGGCUUCGGCAUGGUGCAGGUCUUCCACAGCAAGGACGCUGCGUUUCCUUUCAUCUCCUCGGUGACCUGCAUCACCUGCGCGGUGCUCAUGUUCGGCUUCAUGGCCGCCGGCUGGGCGCUGAUCUUCGGGCAGAUCGCCUCGGUGCUGGUGGGGGAGAUGCUAUCCUUGAGCUCCUCCCUGCUGUGUCAGCUGAUGCUGCCGGAUGCCUCCAGUUUGUCGCUGGUCUUCGUGGUGCGGACUUCUCAGCAGAUCCUGGACCAGACCGUGACCGCUCUUGAGCUGAUCUUCAUGUCCCAGGUCGCCGUGCUGCGGACCUCCGGGAGCACCUCCCCGGCUCGGCAGUUCCGCUUGGCCGGGCGCGGGAGCACGCUGGGAGAGGGCUCCCUCCAGCUGGCGUCGUACCUUGCGGAGGCCUCCAGCCAGCGUGGCGACCUCACGGACAUGCUCGGCCGACUGGAGGAGGAGGAGGCCAUCUUGCAGAGCCGGUGCCGCAUGUGCCUCAGCGACAUGCGGUUCAUCAACUUGGCCGGCUGGCUUGAUGCUCACCAGGUAGAUGCGGAGUUGGUUCAGGAGGUGCACCGGCUCUUCCUGCAGGCCUGCGCGCUGUCGCACCUGGCAGCCGUGCGCCCCCUGGAUGCGGAGAGCUGGCUGGCUGUGGGGCCGUACUUCCAACAGGGGAGGAAGCACAUGAAGGUCGCGCUGGAGUGCCUGAAGUCCUUGCUGGAAAGCGCGAAGGCAUUUGGUUCCAAGGGCGAAAAGGAGCAGGAGCUAGAACGUUUGUGCAGCGGCGUGGAGAAUGCGCGCGUGCAGCUGAAGGAGGCCUGGGCUGCCUUCCAACAGCUUCCGGCGGAGCGGCGCGCGUGCGCGGGGCACGCCGCCGCCGCUUUGUGCCAGGGGUUCGACUCGAUCCUCGUGGACAUUGCCAGCUGCGCACAGCGCUACACGCGGGACACAGAAUGGAAAGAUUUGGAAGUGCGGCUGCAGAAUGCCUUGAAGUCGCCUCCGUGCAUGACCUGAGAUCUAGGAGUCAUGGGCAGAACACCAGUCCU